AUGGUUGAAACUCGAGGCGCCCGGCCGUCCUUUGAUGGCCAGGAUACACCAGACUUUCCCCCUUCCCUUCUGAGGAAGGCGACCUUGCCCCCUCAUAUUCUUGAAGAUGAGGAGCAUGGCUCACCUCCGGCUGCCAAAAAGCGCCGCACGGACGCUGGCCCCGACGGCGAGCUUUCACUACCUGACGACUCCAUCUUGAUGGCCGAUCAGCAUGGCCCUGGUCACAAGAUUGAAGAGGAAUUGGCAUCGGCGCUUGGGGAGGGUGUUAUUGAUACCGUUGAACAGACCGACCAUACUGUCACUGACCCCGGUCCCCAUGACACCUCCAACACCUCCAACGGCGCUGCGACGACCCAGGACGGCAACGGUGAAAUCAACCCCGACGUCGCUACAAUCAUUUCCGAGAUUAUGGAUCAUACUGAGCGUCAGGAGCAGACUGUGGCCAUGGGUCCGCAGGAGCUCCCGCCGUCCAACGAGUUUCCUGGCGCCAGAGGCUUUGCUUUUCUCAAAGCCAACUCCCACUUGAAGAUCCAAUCUCUUCCUAUCCUGGACAACCUGUCUACGCAAAUCCUGUCCUUCCUCUCCAAAAACACCUACCAGGACCUCACUGCCAUGGUCUCCGAGCCAGAUUCUGAGAACGGCCAGGCGUAUGCUACAAUGCGCUCCCUGUUUGAUCACACAAAGAGAGUUUAUACGGUCAAACACUCUUUCCUUCAGCCCUCGGAUCUUGAAAUUACAGACCCUUCCCAGAUCGAUGUCAUUCGCAAGGCGAACCUGGCCUCCUUUGUCUCGAGUAUUUUCGGCUCCCAGGAAAUCGGGUUCGCCGAAUUGAACGAGCACUUCCUGGACGUCUUUGUUCCGGAAGGUGGUCGCUUGCUGAAGGUUCAAGGUGCGUUGUACCUUGAGCUCAAGACACAAGCCUUCAUUGCCGCCAUGAACAACAAAGCCCAUACCCGUACUGAGCUUCUCUAUUCAAUUUUCCCCGAUGACAUGGAGCAGCGACUACUAGCAAGACGUCCUGGUACCCGGCAGCUCGCGCCUUCCGAGACGGAUUUUGUGAACCGUCUUACCUCUCGCCGUGACAUCCUUCUCAGUGACAUCAACAACGAGGAAGCGCUGAGCUCCUUGCCAGACAAGUACCACUGGGAAGACUUCCUUCGGGACCUCAGUUCCUACAUCUCGAAGAACUUUGAUGCCAUCAACACUCAACAAGGAAAGAAGACCAUUAAGGGACGACAACCCUCAAGCUCGAAUGGCGACGCGCAUGAGUCACCUAAUACCACCCACCAGGGUCAAUUUGCACUCAACCAACAAGUUGAAGUCCCAGUCGACCGAAACAUGCAUGGUGAUCUUGUCGCACGUGCUGCCCGAGCCGCGCAGAUUGCCCUCCAGGGCCAUGGCCUCCGACGGUCCCAGCAGCAAUCGCAGUCGCAGUCGCAGUCACAACCGCAGCAACCACAACAACCUCAACAACAACAGCAACAGCAACAGCAGCACCAACCCCAACAGCCCCAAUCUCAGGCCAGCCCGUCACCCAUGCCUCAUCACCCUCAACCCCAGCAGCAACAGCCACCACCGCAGAGUCAGCCCGAGCAUCAAUACCUUCAAGGUUACACCGCUGCUCAGCAACCGGUACAGCCUACGCACCAACAAUAUCACCACAGCCCUACGCCACCUGGCGGGUAUCAAGCGCAACAAGCCUCACCGCUGACCUUCCAACAAAGCCCGCUGCAGGCAAACUUCCAGCAGUACAACCCAAACGCGGCGCAGGCCAUGCAGGCCAGAGCAAACGGCAUGUCUUCCAACCAUGGCUAUCUGUCUGGGAUCCCUCACUACUCUCAGUCACAACCUACCCAAGUCCUCUAUGAACGUGCUCGUAUGGCCGCAUCCGCGAAAUCCUCCCCGACCAGCCGCAAAUCUGGCCUUCCUAGCCAACGCAGACCCUGGACUACCGAAGAAGAGAAUGCACUGAUGGCCGGCUUGGACCGCGUCAAGGGUCCUCACUGGAGCCAGAUACUUGCGAUGUUUGGACCUGGUGGAACCAUCAGCGAGGCCUUGAAGGACCGUAAUCAGGUUCAGCUCAAGGACAAGGCUCGUAACCUGAAGCUUUUCUUCCUGAAGAGUGGAAUCGAGGUUCCUUACUACCUGAAGUUUGUCACCGGUGAACUGAAGACCCGCGCCCCCGCCCAGGCAGCCAAGCGUGAAGCUCGUGAGCGGCAGAAGAAGCAGGGCGAGGAAGACAAGGCGCAUGUUGAGGGCAUCAAGGGCAUGAUGGCGCUCGCCGGGGCUCAUGGGACCCCUGUGUCCGGCCAUGAAAUGUCCGCCUCUCCCAGCCUUCCACCAGAUGCCAACAGCCAGUCUGUGUUUGAUCAAACGGCGGAGCAAAACCUGAUGCAGACUCUCAGCCAAGAAGUCCACGGAAACCAGUACGGUCAGCACCAACCGACCUCGGACCACAUUGAUCCACACAUGCAGCUUGGACAGUAG